AUGAAUAAUCAAUUAAAAGAAUUUCAAAAUCAUUUAAAAAAUUCAAAAAAAGUAAUAGCAUUAGUAGGAGCUGGUCUUUCUGCUUCUCUGGGUUUACCAACAUUUAGAGGUUCUCAAGGAUUAUGGAGAAAUUAUAAUAUGAUAGAUUUAGCAACACCAGAUUCUUUUUAUAUUGAUCCAAGUUUAGUGUGGCAAUUUUAUUCAUGGAGAAGAUAUUUAUCAUUAAAUUCAAAUCCAAAUAAUAGUCAUAAAUCAAUUAUAAAAAUUUUAGAUCAAUUUAAAAAAGAUGCCAAUAAACAAUUCUUAAUUAUAAAUCAAAAUGUUGAUGGAUUAUUUAAUAAAAUACGACCAAAUAUACCUGAAUUAUUUGAUAUUCAUGGAAAUCUUUUCACUUUGAAAUGUACUAAUUUUUCAUGUAAUUAUAUUGAAAAAAAUAAUUUUAAACAUCCUUUGACAUCAGCUUUGAAAGAUGUUGAAAAUGAAAAUUCCAAUGUUACUACAAAAUCCCCCAAUUUUAAACCUAUAAAAUCAAUUGAUGAAUCAAAUUUACCAAAUUGUCCAAUUUGUAAAUUUUUAUUAAGACCAGGAGUUGUAUGGUUUGGAGAAUCAUUACCAUUAGAUUUAAUAACUAAAAUUGAUAAUUUUAUUGAGGAUAAAUUUUUAAUGCCUGAUUUAAUAUUAGUUAUUGGUACAAGUGGAACAGUAUAUCCAGCAAAUAGUUAUGUUGAAAGAGUUAAAUUGAAAGGUGGGAAAGUUGCAAUUUUUAAUACUGAAAUUGAUGAUAAUAUUUUGAAUGGAGAAAUUAAAAAUACUUGGGGUUUUAAAGGUGAUGCUGCUGAAUUAUUACCUUUAGCAUUAGGUGAUUUUGAAAGUGGCUUUGGUUGA